AUGAAAGAGGUCGAAAAGCACGCCAAGUCUCUCGGAUCCGAUUUAUCGACAACCUUGGCCUGGCUUUGGAGAGUCGUCGUACGCCCUUGCUUGGAUCAACUUGGAUUCAACCAACCCCAUCCUCACUCAAGCGGUCGGUGGCGGCGGGUGUGGUGGAUUCCGACCGGGGCGCUCAGCCAUUUCCCACUACAUGCAGCAGGACGCCAUUGCGAAACUUCGGGAGAGACGGCAAUUGACAGGGUCAUGUCAUCAUACAGCUCCUCUAUCAAGACGUUGAUGUUCGCCCGGCGACAGCACAACCCGAAGUCUGCCGACUCAGCACCGGGAAACGCCCUCUUGAUUGGGAUGCCGCAGACCCCAGGCCUAUCAACACUGCCUUCUGCUGCGGACGAGGUGGCAAUAGUCGAGAAACUUUGCCCCUCGUUACAGUUGAAAGCUGUGAAACCAUCGUCGAAUUGUCGAGGUGAAGUGUUGGAAAAGCUGCAUUCAUGCAAGAGCUUUCACUUUGCUGGCCACGGAGAGUCAAAUUCCUCCGAUCCAUCGAAAAGUCGACUAUUCCUUACCGACUGGGAGACCACUUCACUAACUGUCGAGGAUCUCUUUCAGCAUUGGCUUCGUGAGCAUCAUCUUUUCUUGGCCUAUCUAUCCGCUUGUUCAACUGGUGCCAUGAAGUAUGUAUAUCUCGCCGACGAGGCAAUCCAUCUCAUCAGCGCCUGUCAGCUUGCCGGGUUUCGUCACGUUGUGGGAACACUUUGGGAAGUUGAAGACGGGUAUUCUGUUGAUGCUGCAAAGUCGUUUUAUGGGGCGCUAGAGGAAGAGUGGAACGACAAGGCAGUAGCAUUGGGUGCUCAUAAUGCUGCGAGACUAUUGCGACGCGAAACGAAUGGGUGGAACCUUGGUGCGCAUUAUGCAGCUCGAGCGGGGGGGUGA